GCUGAGUCCUCUCCAGUCUGCCACUUUCACUUUUUCUUUUUCUCAAGCCACAAGCACCCCAAGUAACAAACGUUUGUCUCUCACUAUUUAUCUCAAAAAUGAGUGGACAUGAGGAUGUUGAUUCAGAAAACAUUGGAGUCGACGGCAUAGUCAUCUAUGAUUUUGAUGAUUCUCCACCGUAUGCAGCUCCAGCUCCUAUGGAACAAGAAAAAGUAGUAGCAGCCAAAGUGGAAUCAGCUCCAAUUAUUUCAUCAUACAAUGACAAAAUCCGACCUUUGCUUGAUGCCAUUGACAGGCUCAGGCUCCUUAUGGUCAUGAAAGAAGGCAUACAACUCCCCACAAUUGUUGUGGUUGGAGACCAAUCAUCUGGGAAGUCCAGUGUUCUUGAUUCCUUGGCUGGUGUCAAUCUUCCUCGUAGCCAGGGUAUUUGCACUCGGGUGCCCCUCAUAAUCAGGUUGCAAAACCAUUCAAGUCCAAGGCCAGAGCUUUCCUUGGAGUACAAUGGUAAAGUAGUCCCGGUGGGCGAAUCCUACAUCGCAACAGCCAUAAAUCUUGCAACUGAUGAGGUUGCAGGCAAUGGUAAGGGCAUAUCUAACACCCCACUUACUUUGGUGGUGAAAAAGGAUGGUGUUCCUGAUCUUACCAUGGUUGAUCUUCCUGGAAUCACUAGAGUUCCUGUCCAUGGUCAGCCUGAAAAUAUAUAUGAGCAGAUCAGAGAUAUUAUCAUGCAGUACAUAACACCAAAAGAAAGCAUUAUCCUCAAUGUUUUGUCUGCUUCUGUUGAUUUUGCUACUUGUGAAUCCAUUAAGAUGUCACGGCAAGUCGAUAAGACUGGUGAGAGAACUCUGGCUGUGGUUACCAAGGCUGAUAAAGCCCCCGAAGGGUUGCUUGAGAAGGUUACUGCUGAUGAUGUAAAUAUAGGACUUGGUUAUGUUUGUGUUAGGAAUCGUAUCGGUGAUGAGUCCCAUGAAGAAGCAAGAAGGGAAGAGGCUAGAUUGUUCCAAACUCAUCCACAUCUCUCAGGGAUUGAUAAAUCAAUUGUGGGUGUUCCAGCGUUGGCCCAAAAACUCGUUCAAAUUCAGGCAAAUACCAUUGCAAGGUGCUUACCGGAGAUAGUGAAGAACAUUAGUGAAAAGCUGAAUGCAAAUGUUUCAGAGCUGGAAAGAAUGCCUAAGGCUUCAGUUGCGGAUGCCAUGACAGCUUUUAUGAGGAUCAUCGGAGCAGUUAAAGAAUCCCUUAGGAAACUUCUUUGGCGAGGGGAUUUUGAUGAAUACCCUGAUGAUAGUUCCAAGCAUGGUACUGCUCGUUUUGUUGAAAUGCUCAACCAGUUUUCGUAUGAGCUUCACAACUGUGAGGAAAGUGAUCCCCCAAAAGACUUUUUAGCAGAAGAGAUCAAGGUUUUGGAAGAAGCUAAAGGAAUUGAACUACCGAAUUUCCUUCCUCGUGAAGUAUUCCUUCGUAUCCUGCAAAGAAAAGUGGAGAGGAUAUCAUGUACACCGAUUAAAUUUGUUGAAAUGAUUUGGGACUACAUCGAUGGGGUGGUCAUGGCUGUUUUGAUGCGCCAUUCUGAAAUGUAUCCCCAGCUUAAGGUGUCCACGACAAGAGCUGCGCAUAAUCUUGUUCAAAAGAUGAGGGUGCAAUCAAUCAAUUGGGUGAAGGAGAUUGUGCAGAUGGAGAAGCUGACAUGUUAUACUUGUAAUCCUGAGUACAUGAUGGAGUGGACUAAGCUCAUGAACCAACAAGACAAUUUCAUCAAGAUUGUAAAUACUGGACCAAACCAUAUGUGGAUGCCUUCCAGUGUGACUGUUGAAGGUUUUGGGGAUAUUGAAGUUGUACAUCUCAGACAUCAUUCCUGUAUUUUGCUCCAGCAAGCUUUCGACCUGAAGAUGAGAAUGACUGCUUACUGGAAGAUAGUUCUGCAAAGGUUGGUAGAUUCCAUGGCAUUGCAUUUGCGGUAUUGUGUUCAUAAUGUCGUGAACAAUGACAUGGAGGAGAUUGUAAAUGAGUUAAUAGGACCCGAUGGACAUGGAAUUGAGAUGAUGUUGGUGGAAUCUCCUGCAAUUGCUGCAAAGCGUGAGAAGCUGAAAAAGAGCAUCAAGCUGCUGAAGGAGUCCAAAGAUGUUGUGGCCAAGGUCAUGGACAGGAUUGCUAGCUAUGGUGAAUUAGCUGCUUAAUAAUUACCAUAAAUUUAGGUGAUGCUUUGCUUAAUUUUUCGUUUUAAGUUUGUGUCCCCCAUAGGCGACAACUUUCUACUGAAGUUAAUUUAUAACAUUACAUAGCAAUGCUUUGGAUUGGCUAAGUUGUUUUAUUUUCAA